UCUCUCUCUCUCUCUUUCUCGCUCAGCCGUGUCCCAGAUGCACUAAGCCAUGUUAUUCGUACGCUGGCGUAGAUGAGUUCUAUUCCUCUAUCUUGUUGUCUUCCUCUUCUCCUCCUCCUCCUCCUUCUUCGUCUUCCUUUACUGCUGCUGCAUCGUCUUAUGUACAUUUAUAUGUACGCAGUCACUUUCUCUGAGGAGGCAGCUAGAAGGAUCGUUUGGAAGAUGAUGGGCGCAUUUUUUCCAUUUGCACACCGUUGAUUCAAAGAUGUGUGAUUUAGAAAAAAAGGAUAUGGUCGAUACAAGUUUUUAAAUUGAUAUAUAAUAAAUGUUUAAACGAUGCAUUUGUAUACUUGGAGUUAUUCAAGGAUCUAUUUCCUUGGACACAUGACGGAAAUAUAGAUUUGUUGAAUUAAUCGGUACUACCUUUGCUUUUAAAAAUGAGCGCGUGCAUCUGAAUUCAACCUCUUUCGUUUCGCGUAGCGAACUUUUUAAGACACAAUUACAGUGGCGAAAUCAGGGGCUUUGGCCUCGUAUAAGCUUUAAUCGUCCUCCCAAACCGCAGCAGGCCUUUGUGAAAGUUUCAUUGCCGAUAUUACCCCCAUUAAUUGCCUUAUAUACCACGGAGACACCCGCGCGCUGCUCUUGCUACAGUGUCGGUCGGUCGAAUUCCACCCACUCAAAUUUAAAAUGCCUUCAGUUUAGCUGCGCCUUGUAAUUGUCUGCUGCUUUACGAACACAAAUGCAUCAUUAUCAUCGUCAUCGUCGGUUUAGCCGCCGUCGCCUCUCUCGUGUAUAUAUUAUCCUCAAAAAGAGAAAGAUAGAGCUAGAGGGAGAGAUAGAGAUAAAUAUCGAAAGUCUGCACUUGAGCGGAAGGAAAGCGUCUCUCUUGGUCCCUCUCGCGCGCGCUGCACCGUAUCUGGAGUAGGAAGCAGACGCGCGAUACGUGCAUGUAUAUAACUACACACAUGCACAUCGGGUCUCUUUGCUGCUGCACUUACAGAUAUAUAGCGCAAAAUAUAAAAUGCCACGGAGUAGGGGAAUAUGGAUGUGCUGUUCUCUCUCUAGCUUUUAUAACAUAUAUAGCAGCAGCAGCAAUGCCCUCGCGCCAAAGAGAGCGUGCGCGAACGUAUAUAGCAUAGUAGCAUAGCAGCAGCAGCAGCGACUUUGCCAUCUCUCGCUCACGCCGUCCUUCUCCCGCACCCGCCGCAGUCACGAGCGGCAACGGCUGGUGGUGGUGGGAAAAGCUGGUGGUAGUAGUAGUAGUAGUAGUAGGUAGAGGUGUAUAGCAGCGCAGGCAGACAAGCAGCGAGCGAGCCCGGCACACCAGCCGACUCUCAGUGUCGUUCCGGCCGCUGGCACGUCUGGUCGAUUCGUGCGCACCGUUAUAUAUAGUUAUAGAUUAUUAUAUAUAAUAAAAAAAAGGCAAGAUAAACCAGACGCGCCAUACGAUAGUAAUAUUAUAAAAAUAUAACCACGAUGCGGGUCUAAGUUCUUCGCCUACCAUAGUUCAAAAAGAGCUUCCACCCAUCGCGCGACGUCAGUGCGUGUCUGUGUGAGAAUCUUACAGCUCUUUGCAAGCUCCUCCACUCCCUGCGUCACGUUCGACCCUCUCCUCUGUGUUGUGUGCGUGAGUGUGCUUCGAAUCAUCGUCGCGAUAAUAAGAAAAAAGUUGCACCCUUGCAGAUUGACAGUGUCUGUGCGAGUGCGACAUAACAGUGAGUGUUCGUGAAAUGGGCUAUUGAAGUCGGUUGGCAAAAGCUAGCUGCAAAAGUUGAAGAAAACUAGCGGAGAGUAGUGCGGAAGUUCUAGUUAUAAUUAUUCUAGAACAGCCGAAAGUCAUUGCAAUGAGCCCGGCGUCGCAGGGAACGAUCGAAGUCGAGCGCUACAUCGGCAGCUGUCUGAUAUCGGCCGUUGCUAAUGCCACCGCAGCGACUAAUCACUCAUCGAGGCAGCAGCAGCAAGUCCUGAAACAGCAACCAGCAUUGGCUUGCCGUAAACAGCAGCAGCAGCAGCAGCAGCAGCAGCAACAAUUGCAACAGCAGCAGGAGCAGCAAGCUCGGGUCAAACAAACGGGGUACAGAGCUGAAACUUUCGGUGCGGUCGGCAAUUGGGUAGGCGUGACGCCGCUCGUUUCUGUCAAUACGACUCCCCAGAGGAAUCAGCAACAGCAGCGAACGCCAAAUCAAAUUGUAGAUCGACAAUUACAACAGCAACAACAACAACCACAACAACAACAACAGCAGCAGCAGCAACAAAUGCAGAACAGAAUACCUCUGUCGAGACUAGCUGUGCAUACACAAGGCUCUCCGCUUAUCCUGUCGGGACGUAAUCCUGGCAAUAACAACAGACAGCUAAACAACAAAGCUGUCAACAACAAGUGUAGCAACAACGUCGUACGCUGUCCGCCUAGGUUUAAUAGUAACAAUAAAAACCAUAUAAAUUCGCAAGAUCAAAGAGUGAAAAACCAAGUUCAACAACAACAGCAACAACAACAACAACAGAAACCCGUUGAUGCCAAAGACGCUCCGAACGGGACAAGCAUCGACUCUCUGAGCAUCGCCAGCGACGAGAGUUCGGGCUCGAACAAUUCCGAGAACAGCUUACCGCGAAUAAUAAAGCCCCGUAAACGCAGAAAGAAAGAUCGGAAACCAGCUGUGAUGCAUGCCAAUGGCGAGUGUAUCAAAGGCGUGGAUGAUCAACAACAGCAACAACAACAACAACAACAGCAGCAGCAUCAAUCGGUCAUGCUGAGCUCGGUUCCGGAACAGAUGCCGAUGCACCAGCAGCAGCAGCCGCAACAGUUGAAGCAGUCUUACCCGGGAGGCAAUUACGUCGACGCGAGGUAUCACAAUAGCGACAGUGGUGGCUAUUACAAAGGCCAUCACCGGGUCCUGUCCACACGCAUGCAGCAGCAGCAGCAGCAGCAACAACAACAGCAACAGCAGCAGCAAAGUGCCAGAGAUAAUUACGUGCGUACGUACUUGAUCAGUGCGAAUACUCCUCUACAAGCACAGCAAGAAAUCGUCGAUACGAGGCAACAGCAGCAGCAGCAGCAGCAGCAAAGCCGAUUUGCACAUCGACAAGUGCAGGUGAAAGUGUUAGACGAUAAUCGUAAUAUUGUGCUACCGGUGACCAUGUGUCGUGCGGCCAAGGCCCACUACUUGCGCCACAGUGCGAGCGCUGCACCCUGUUACCUGCGAGAAACCACCUCGAAUCUAGUGUACGACGACGGUGGCAAUAACGGCACCGUCGACGAAUUAGUGUGUCAGUGUCGCUAUUGUGAACCCGUGGCUCUGCUGUGGGACGAGCAACAACAGCAGCAGCAGCAGCAACAACAACAACAACAACAACAACAACAACAACAACAACAACAACAACAACAACAGCAACAAACAGCCUACCCUAAUACCAGGUACAUUGCUCAUCAUCAGCAACACCAGCAGUCGCAACACCAUCAAUCGUCCGCGACGUCGCCGGUGCGUUACGAGGCGGUCGUCCAUCAGCAACCUAUCCAUCAACAACAAGCGCCGGUCUACCACCUGUCGAAGCCGUUCGUCUGCCAAGAGCACGAGUUUUACGUCGACGCUACGACUGUCGCUGCUCUGGAUAAUAAUACCAUUGUCCAACGUAGCAGCAACAGCAACAACGGGGGUGCUGUCCUGCGAAGAAGCUGGAGCGACCCCAGCAGUUACUUCAGUGACGAAGUAGCAACGACGCCCAAUCGCGACGUCGGCGUGAUCGGAGAUCGUGGCCCAGCUGGUGACUCGGCGCUCAAGGGUUCGUGGCGCGGCGAUGCAUCCACUCCCUCAUCACCUGCCUCUAACGCAGCGUCGACGGCGUCCAACGACUCGGGCUUGGGCCUGCUCGAGGUCUCGACGGAGAUCGUCACCUCGCCCAAUGGCCAUCGCGACCUCGAGAUCAAGUUCUACUCGUCGUCGCCGCCGGUCUCGUCGUCGCCGCCUGCCUACUCGUCGUCGGGCAUCGAAAGCGGCAGUGACGAUAACACAAGAGACUCAUUCACCUUUCCCAACGACAACAACGAGUCCGAGGAUUUCAGCGAUAUCUGGAGUUACCACGAGUCGAAGCUGCAGCAGGACUUUCGCACGCUGCUGCAAGCCGAGGAAUGAUGAUGGAUGAUGAGCGAGCUGCAUCAUCGUCGUCCUCCUCCUCAGCAUCGUGUUAAGCGUCGAGUACUAGUGAUGGAGCUCGCCGACGACGAGCCCAGCAGCGGAUUUGCAACAUGUUGUGAUUGUUAUUGUUGUUGAACAACUGUUUGCUCCCUAAAUCACAUACUUAUAUUAUAAAUAUAAAUGUACAAUGAGACGACGACGCAUCUGGGCUACUACUACUACUACUACUACUACUAUUAUCUACUACAUAGCACCGUGUACUUUUCCUUAACUUGUGUAUAUUGCUGUUUUAUCACGGAAAAAUGUGCGCGUGCGAAAUUGUGAAUGUAUGUGUGUGUGUGUGUGUGUGUGUGUGUGUGUGUGUGUGUGUGUGUGUGUGUGUGUGUGUGUGCGUGUGCGAGUGUGAGUGUGUGUGUGAGUGUGUGCACGCUGCUGCUUUUGUAUUGCGGAGUUCGCGCGCGAGCGCGGGAGAAAGCGCAGGAGAAAGCGAGAGGAAACUCCGCGCGCGCGCGAGACUUGUGUAUGCUCGUCGAAUGGGAACGAGUGCUGUAUAGAAAUUCAAGUCACUCGUUUGAGUGCAUACAUAUACAAUAUAUAUAUACAUAGAUAUAUAUACGUAUCCUCUAUCGUGUAUGUAUACAUACACCGUGAAGUACAUGUUCUGUAUAUAUACAUACACGAAUAUGAACCAACACUUGUGCUGACGAAUCGCACAUAAACACACACACACACACACACACACACACGCUCAUAAAAAACAAGCGCCAUUGUGCGCGAAGAAAGCUGCAAAAUCGUCUUUUUUGGUAUUAUUUACCCACGAGUUGCUAUGUGUGUGCGUGUGUGUAUGUGUACUUUUGAGUGCUGCAGUGAAAAAAUUUGCAAACUGUAAGGACCAAGGUUGAUUGUAAUUAUUUGUAGAAAAGCCCCCGCGUGCACACUUGUGUUGGUUGAUUAAAAAACCUAGUAUUUGAUUAAUUCGUAUUUUUUUUUGUUUUUAAUAAAAAGUGCAAACGGAGCAACGAGAAAUUCUCGGCAUAAGAAUUAUCGAUUGAGUUGUAAAUUAUGUAUACGAGAGUAUUGUACGUUGUUCUAUUUUUUCAGAAAAAAAAAAAAAUACUUCCGAGCGAUGUACGAUAUUGCCCGUAUGUCGCAUAUUUGUAAGAAAAUUACGAAAGAAAAAUUUACAAAAUAAUUCGAUGAUAAAAAGAGGAGGCGACGGGAGGAUAAAAAAAAAUAAUAAAGCGAAGAAAUUUUUUCGUUGCUCCGAGCGCUGUGUGAUCAAUUGUAUCUCGCUUAUAAUAUUCAACUCAGUGGAAAUAAACGAAAUAAAGAAAAAAAAAGAGAGAAAUAGGUUCAGAGCGGCGUUCGAGUUGAAAUAAUAUGCGGAAUGUGUCGGUCUGAAAAUAUACAUCAUUGCAGAUAUUAUAUCAUGUUUAAUAUCAUGUUUAAUAUAAGAGAGUUGGAAAAAAAUGCCACUAAAACGCGUAUUUGGCCAAGUCAUGCACAUCGCGGUUCGGUUCGUCGUUAAUAAUAAUAACGAAAUGUCGUAAGAGUAAAACAAUUUUUUCGAAAAAUGAACAACAUUUGUGAUCCUGCAUAACGUUAAAAAAAAAACAUUUCGAAUUUGUUUAACGACGAACCGAUGUCGCUCAUUCUCGCGUGACUAAAAAAAGCGUGAAAAAAAAAUAAACAAAACGUAACCACGAUGUUUUCUUCAGCGCGCGAGGAAAAUUCAUCGUCGCAGAUGAAGUAACAAAGAGUAGCAAAAGCAUUAAAUUAUAAUUAUAUGACCCAAGAGGAGUUAAGUGAUCGUAAUUCAAUUCUCUCUGCUCUCUUAUUUAUUUGUAUGAUAUAGAUAAAUUUUCGAGAGAGAUUAAAACUUAAACGGGCUGAGAGUUUGAGUUGAGCAUUGAUAUCUGUUUUUUCUUCCUUUUCGUUGAAAACAAACAAAAAAUAAGGAACAAACGAGUUAAAUAUACAAAGUAAGUUUGUGCGUCUGGUCUUAUCGUCGAUAAAACAAUGUCAAUAAUGUAAAAAAAAAAAACAUGUGCGUGUGACUAUGCUAUGAGCGAGGAUAACGCGCACGGCCGGUUCGUGGCUUUAUCUAUAUGUACCCCGCUAAUUAUGCAUAUAUAGUAAUAUAUAAAAUAUCAAACAUGUAUAUAUCUACUAAGGAAGUGUAAGUUAACUUGAGUAUAUAAGUACGUGGGGAUGUGUCGGGUGAUUUAGCAUCUGGACUCGCGACGAAAUAACAUGAAUCAUUGGCGCUACGAAGUUGAAGCGUCGAAACGCGCACAAAUCACCGCAAUUAAUAUCUUAAUCUGUUUUUUAUCGCUCCGCACGAACUGAUUCGUAAAACUGUUCAUUGGCAACAGUGCAGGCACCGCAGCUUUUUUCUCGCUGCGGGUUUCGUCGUCGUUUCGCGACUUUCUCUUCCGAUCUUCCUCUUUCUGUGCACCAGUCAAGCUCGGUGUAAUUUUUCAUUUUUCCACCGUGCAACUUUUCAUUUUAAAACCCGCCACCAGCUACACGUUUAUCGGGUACAUAUAAUAGUAAUCAACUUCGCUGCUACAUUCAUCGUGUAGCUGGUUACAUGCGGUCACGAUUAGUUUUUCGAUUCGUCGUAAUUGAUACCGACAAUUGUACAUAGACACACACACACACAUACAUAGACACACACACAUACACAGAAAUGCACCAGUUGCAGUGUGGUAUACGUAUCGGGUUCGGAUUGAUCGACCACGUUAUUACUUUUGUCGACCGAUUUCCAAUUGACUAUCGUUUUGCGAUAGGAACAUUCGCGCGAAACACGAAACACCACACACAUACACAGUACGCGCGGGAAUUCGGGCAAAAUGACUCGUGCUCGCGAAGGAGAAAGGUGCAUAUAAAUGUGUAUAUGAUACCACAUCUAUCUCGACCCGUCGUUCGAAUACGCCAUUGACGUGUGUAUAUGUGCGCAGAUUUGUAUCGGUUCAAAAGCACCCGGCUGUCUCGUUUUUGUCUGUGUUUUUGUUUGUGUGUAAGUGUUGAUGCGUGUGUUGCUGUACAUAAGUAUGCGAGUUUUAAGCUAAACUGGCGUCUAUGUAGGUGCACACACAAACGCAUACACUUGCUUGAACACACACACGCGAGCGGAGCGGCUAUUGCAAAAGAGAAAGGAGAAUUACGUGGUUUUAAACUGUAUUUACGCGCCUACUUAUAGGCUUGCUGCGCGCGCGCGUUUACCUGCAUAAUAAUAUUCCACAAGGAAAACACCACCUAAUAUACAGCCUCUGGAAAAAUGAAUAAAUAUGUUUUUCGUGAGAGAGGGAGAGAGAAAGAGCACAAUACACCGCGCGAAGACGUUGUCAUGCCCUUUUUUGCCGUUCGUUUAUGAUUUGUCAGAUGUAUAUCGUUGCAAAAAGUUGUCCCAGACUUAUGUCGAUUUCCGCUUGGCGAAAAUAUUAGAUCAGAAAUUCUACUUUCGACUGUAUUAUAUGUAAGUUCACCGUAAAAUUUCGCAAUUCUGUCUCGAAUUGAAAAAAAAUAACCAUCUGUAUCGGAGCAAUCGUUGGUUUUGCGAAAGCGUGAGAGAUUACGUAUCAAUCCGUGAACUUUCUAACGAUUGCUUCCCCGGGUGACGGAAGAUUUACACAAGUUAUAAAACGGGGUAACAUUUUUCAAUUUCGACAAGUUUUGCUUUUUAAAAUUUCGCUUUUCCAAAAAGGAAGUUUUUUUUCGUGCCAACGUCCUCUUCAUAAUUGGCCUGGCUUGAUAAAUUUUAUCUCGGGCAAAGCGAUUAUGUGCACGGUUUUUGGAGAAUAAAGCACCGCCGCAUAAAACAAAAAUUUACGUUCACGCACGAUAGCGAAAAGUGAAACUUCAUAAACGAAAGUGCAUAAAAUACAGCUUCUUUGGUGAAAAAGGCGAUCUUUUGCAAUUAAACAAUGAUUUAUAUCGCGAAGGAAAGUCUGGAUACUAACUCAAAUGAAAGCCAAUUCAUUACCCACGUCUUUUUGUAUCUAAGUAGAUUUUGUUAAGAAAAAUAGUCGUUGAAUUAAGCUUCGCACAAAUGCAUUUUUAACUACUUUUUUUCUUUACCCGUAAAAAUCGAGAAAAAAAAACAAUUCUUAUUGAAAGAUGUUCCUUUCGAGCUGCACAGACACAGGCUCAGAUUGUACAUAGUAGACAUACUCAGACACACUUACAGACCCAUACAUAGAGAAGUGAAAGUCCAUUGUUACGUAAUUAAAAAAUUGCAAGAAAACGAUACAUAUACGUACCUAUUAGCUGUCGAAGUUGCUUAAAAAUUUUUCGUGCGAAUUUCCUAUGCGGAAAGUAGGAAACAAAACGCGCGAAAUCACGGUAAUACGUAUUUAUAUGUUGACGCACUCACAGUGAAAACCAUUCGAAAGCGCUUAAUAGAGGAUUUUCUCUAUUUAAGAAAAUAAAUGUAUCAUCGUCUCUCUUUUUCUCAAUGUACAAGCAGGUUGAUUCGAUAAAAGUAUUGUGUAAAAAAAUAUCGAUUCAAUAAAUGUGUGUGUUCGUGAUGUUAAAAAAUAAAAAUAAAAACUAGUGACGUAAAGAGAAAUUGGAGAGCAGAAAAAAUGCGCACGCUUGUACGCAAAGAUAUAGUACAUUGGUACGCGGACAAUUCUCUAUGAGCCCAUGCUGCAACGUGUGUGUAAAAAAUUAGGUGGACCGCAAUCGAAUUACCAAGCGCGCACUUCGAUCGUGGCCCGCACACUUACACACACUUUUCACGCACCGGCGAUAUCAAAAUGUAACCGACUCGUUUGUUCAUUAAUUUUAAUCUUUAUAUAAAAUAUUCUCCUUUCUUCAUCAAUAACAGCAGUGCAUCAUAAUUUAUCGAAUUAGCGCCCAACGAAAUGCAUUAAAAAAUAUAUAUGCAGUAUAAUGUGAGUGCUCAACUCUCAGCCACCAAAUUUACGCGUGUGAAUGAGUAAAUGAUGAUUAUGACGAUAUGUUGAUGAACUGAUGUGUACACCAAAAUGCACAUAGUGUGUGAAUAAUAAAACACAACUGACGAAAAAAAUAAAGUGUACCGUUUGUAAAUCCUACUUAAUGCCUUUUAAAUUUUACCUUCCACAAUCCACUUAGCUUUUAAAAUCCUCUGAACUGGAACAUUAUUUCUGAAUUAUUAAUUGCACAUUGGCUUUUGAAGAGAAAAAAAAUUAAAAAAAGUACCCGUAAAAUGAUCCCUUUUGCAGCGAUCGAUAUAAGAUGAAGUUACUGUA